CAGAGCAGGUUUCCUUUAUAAACAAACCUUGCUGGCUAGUUAGGAGGAACUUAGAUUUCAGACAGAUUCAUGUCCACUGUAUUUUAUUUAGACUAAAUUUUAUCCAGUUUAAUAUAAAACUAACCACGUCUUUAUCUUAUUUAUCGACACAUUUCUUCAUGGUUGGCAUUUCGCCGCGGUUGUGCAGUUUGAUAGCUGUUAGCUAACGUUAGAUACCGGUAACUAACUUUUUACUGGUAAUAUUUUUUUUAGUUAGCUAGGUUAGCUAACAGUUUUACACCCGGUUUCCUUACAGCAGAUGAAAGAAGCACAACGCUCAAGGUUUACAUUCGGGUUGUCUGUUUAUUACACGUUUAACUAAAACAUUAAUUUUAAUAAAAUACGGGUGUUUACAAUGUAGCUUAGCUGGUUACCCGCUAGCCGGCUAGCUAGCGUUAUCACAGUCAUGGCUGGGCUGGUUAGCUAACGCUAGCUGAGCUAAGCUAAACUAAGCUAGAUCUUAAACUCGACCUGAUUCAGACCUACGUCUGACAAUCGUUAAAUCACCUCACAGAGGCUAAACGGUCUAGAAACUUCUGUAUCAGCAGUUCAGCUCCAGGCAGUGGACUGUGUCUAAUAUUAGCUACUGUAGGAGAUGAGUCAGAUGACCUGACUGCAAGUUCUCAGCACUUUAUUGUAUUUCAACAAUGUCAAAAAUAGCGUGGUAUCAGGAAAAGAUUGGCGCCUAUGAUCAACAAAUAUGGGAGAAAUCUUUGGAGCAAGCUGAAUUGAAGGGAAUCAGAAACAAGCCGAAGAAAACUGGCCACAUCAAGCCGGACCUCAUCGAUGUUGACCUGGUGAGAGGUUCCACAUUCAGCAAGGCCAAACCGGAGAGCCCAUGGACUGCUCUGACCCGUAAAGGCUUGGUCAGGGUUCUCCUGUACCCUUUCUUCUUUAAAUGGUGGAUCCAGGUUACCUCCAAAUGCAUUGCCACUGGAAUACUGUUGCUGUACUUUCUGCAAGUGGCAGCUGUUGCAUUGUAUAUAGAAGUGCCUGCAGCCACUGCCGGUGAGGUCGUAGGUCCAAUGUGCCUGAUGCUGUUACUGGGAACAGUUCACUGUCAAAUAGUGUCCACAGAGUCCAGCCGGAGCACUGAUGACAGCCCUGUCACCAGCCCAGUUACAAGUCGGACAGCCAGCCGGGCCACCAGUCCUGCUCGUAGGAAAAGACAUCGAAAGGCUAGAGGAUUGAAGAGAGCAGAUAAAGAAGAAGGAAGAGCAGCCCUUAAAGUGUGGAACCCUAAAAAGAAUCAGCUGUUCAGCAAAUCAGAGAAAAGACAGAACUCCUUGAGACAGUCAGUGGAUGGGCUGUCUGAGGACCUUUCCAGUGACGAAGAGGAGGGUGAGGAAGGAGAGCGGCCCAGAGACAGACUCAUUCCACCUGCUCAGGCCAAACCUGCUCCUGGACUCAGAAAGAGGCUUUGCAAUGCCAAAACGACCAAGUGUCCCCCUGUUCCCAACACGCAGCAUCCAGUUAAAAUCAACAAGAAGGAAGCAGAUGACUCUGGGACGGCAGCCAUUACAGCAGCAACACCUUCAGAGGUGGAGCACCUGCAGCCUUCCGAGGAUUCCCGGCCCGCCUCAGACUCGGAUGACAUGCUUUGGGAGGAGCUUUUGCAGGAUCCUGACUCCGCCUCCUCAGUAAGCAGUGAUAGUGGGGAGGAAGAACUUCACUGCCAUAACCACACCCUCCCUCCACCCACUGUUCUCACCAGUGAUGAUGAAGAGGCCUUUCCACAGCACCAGCUGUCCUGGCUGCAGGCCUGCCACCCUUCCAAAGAUCGUGUCAGUGCCAUCAUCUGGGAGCAGGGCGAGUGCAAGAAGGCUGAUAUGUCUGUGCUGGAGAUCAGUGGCAUCAUCCUUACAAGGGUGAAGGUGGUGGAGCAGGGAAUGGGCUAUCUGGUGUUGGGAGGUUUGGUCACAGCCACACUGGCUCUGCUCCCAUUCUGCUUCCGCCUGAUGCAGCAGAUGGACAUGACCCGCAUCAGUUCCAUCACUCUGCAUGAACUGGCGGUCAUGGCUGCUGGAACUCUCAGCACUGGCUCAUACGUGUUCUUUUUUAUCACCACUGUGGAAAGAGUCUUCCUCACUGGACUUUUUUUCUUCAUGAUGUGUGUUGCUGAGAGAACAUAUAAACAACGGCUCCUCUUUGCCAAGCUCUUCAGCCACAUCACAUCAGCACGAAAAGCGAAGAUGUCCGAGAUCCCACAUUUCAGACUGAAGAAAGUGCAGAACAUCAAGAUGUGGCUCUCACUCCGAUCUUUCCUUAAGAGACGAGGACCCCAGCGCUCAGUGGAUGUCAUUGUUUCCUCCAUCUUCCUCCUUGCACUCUCCAUCGCCUUCACUAUAUGUGCUCAGCUGCUGCACAGUCACCACACCUUUCUGGACUGGGAGAGUAACUGGGAGCUGCUUGUGUGGGGCAGUGCUCUAUUCGUCUUUCUACUGAAACUGGCCACACUGGGGGCUGAGACCAACCACAAGUACAGCAAUGCAUCCGUGCUGCUCACUGAACAGAUAAACCUGUAUCUGAAGAUGGAAAAGAAACCAGACAAGAAAGAUGAGCUGAGCAUCGUCAACAAUGUUCUGAAGCUGGCCACCAAACUGCUGAAGGAGUUGGACACUCCGUUUCGUUUGCUAGGCCUGACUGUGAACCCCCUCAUCUACAACAUCACCCGAGUGGUCAUCCUGUCUGCGGUCUCUGCUGUGGUCAGUGACCUGCUGGGGUUCAAUAUCAGACUUUGGAAGAUCAAACCAUGAUGAGAAACCACUACAAUUCCAAGUUUAGGAGGAGAAGUUUAAUCCUGCUGGAGGAACAAGCUUCAGUCUUAUAUUUUGUACAUGUGUGCAAAUCUACUGACCAAAUCUAUGCAUUCCUGUGCCUCUGUUGCCUGUACCAUACAGCCAAAAUCUAUGAAUCUAGAACUAAUGCAGUGUCAGCAUGCUUUCACGUGUGACGCUGGGGGCCUGAUGCACAUAUUUGAGCCUUUUUUUUUAUACCCACAGCAAAUAUAAUUGUGGGCAUAGUUAGCAAAGAAUUGAACACUUAGUGGCCAAACAUUCCAUAUAUUAGAUGCCACUCCAUCACAGUGCAUCUGUGCCAGGAUUUUUUUUUCUCUUUUUUUAGGAAUUUGUGGUCUCAAGACACUCCGAAAAAAAUUUAUCAAACACAUAGUUAUUAUAAAAAAAAUAGUUGCACUUCCUUUAUAAAUGAAGAAGGUUACCAGGAACAAUCAAUGAUUAAAAACUGAUUAGAUUGAUAUGGGUAAUUCUGAUUCUGCAUUUGGAUUCGCUCCCUACAUGAUAGUAAAAUAGUCCAAAUAGUGCAAGAUAUAGCUCUGUAAAAAAUUAAAAACCACUUCAGUUUCUGAAUCAGUUUCUCAGAUUUUGCUGUUUAUAGGUAAAUGUUUGAGUAAAAUUAACAUUGUGGUUUUAUUCUAUAAACAUUUUUUUUUCAAAUUCCAAAUAAAAAUAAAUAAAUUGUCAUUUAGAGCAUGUAUUUGCAGAAAAUGAGAAAACAGGCUUUCAUACCUCAUAUAAUGCAAAGAAAACAAGUUUAUGUUCAUAAGGUUCAUAGAGUUCAGAAAUCACAGUGUGCAUGCAUCUUGGCAUGUUCUCCUCCACCAGUCUUACACACUGCUUUUGGAUAACUUUUUGCCACUCCUGGUGUAAAAAUUCAAGCAUUUCAGCUUGGUUUGAUGGCUUGUGAUCAUCCAUCUUCCUCUUGAUUAUAUUCCAGAGGUUUUCAAUUUGGUAAAAUCAAAGAAACUCAUAAUUUUUAAGUGGUCUCUUCUUUUUUCCAGAGUUGUAUAGUGUACAGAAUAUGUACACUAAAAUUUCCAAUGUAUACCAUAAUGCAGUGCGAUGAUGAUGUGCCAGAUGCUCUGAGAGCAGCACAAAAUAUUUUGGUUUAUUCUUUGGUCAUUCCCUAGUCAGUUAACUGACACAAAUGCUAUACAGUGAUUAGUAAAGGAGUUAAUGAGUGAACCAUCCCGAAAACAGCUUUAGUCAUAUUUAUUGAGCUACACCUACAGAAGUAGUGUGUAAUGCAUGUGUAAUGCAAUAUGCCUGACAUUUGAGAGGUUCCUAACGAUGUCCUGCAGUAAUCUAUCCCCUGCAUUUUAAAUAUUCUCAAGCAGUAAGUGUUAAAUGUUGAUAGAGCAUCCAAUAGCAUCCCACCCAUUUACAAUCAGGGAUAGGUCUGGCGAUGCAGCAGGCCAUGGCCUAGUAUCUGUCUCUUUAAGACAAGCUCAUGAGACAGCAGCAGUAUGUGGACAAGCAUUGUCCUGUUGGACCAGCACUCCGGAGUAUGAGUUCAGAAAUGGUAGGGACUCUUUUUGCAGGACCUUUUCUUUCCUGUCAGUUGAGUCUUUCUGGGUACAACUUUUUUUUUUUUGACUGAUAUUUCUAAUAUGUGAAAGCACGUUUCAUGUUGGGGUGUCAGUGUCUUCAAACUGAUUUUUUUUUUUGUGAGAAUUUCACAGGCCAGAUUGUGGAAUGACUGAUUCUGUAUGUAAUUGAAAAGUCCUUAAUGCACUUGUCAGUGUUGCUGUAAACACAAAUCUGCUUGAUCUUGCAUUCCAGUUUGUGCCCAGAAUUCUCAGAAACACUUAAUGAGAACGCCACACCUUCUUUAUACAUAACCACUAAGUGCCUUGUGAAUGUGAUAAAGUAUACUAAUAUACUAAUGCAGUGUGCUCUUUUUUAUUUGUUGGAUUUGGACAGUGUAGAAUCUGAUCUGAGAAAAGUAUCUACCUGUUUACAAAAAAAAAAAACUAAGUGUACUGGGGACAUUGCACAUUUGUCAUAUUAAAUUGGUCAUUGUUUA